CCCAACCAACCAAUUACUUCCCACCAAAAUUUUACACCUUUUCAACGGCGCAUUUAAGUCCCCUUUAUCCCAGGGGCAUUUCCGUCCCUCCACGUAAAAUUCCUUCCCGGAUCUAAAACCCAUAUAUACCCUUCCCCUGCCGGCGAAACAGAGCAACCAAACGAGAAAUGUCGUCGGAAACGGGGAAGAAAACCUUCCCGCCGAUAACGUCAUGCGACGUCUCCGCCGUGAACGACCACUCCGUGGCGGCGGACCUGGACGGGACUCUCCUCAUCUCCCGCUCCUCCUUCCCGUACUUCAUGCUGGUGGCGAUCGAAGCAGGGAGCCUCCUGAGGGGCUUCCUCCUCCUCCUCGCCUUCCCGGCCGUCGCCUUCGCCUACCUCUUCCUCUCCGAGGCGCUCGCGAUCCAGAUCCUGAUCUACAUCUCCUUCGCGGGGCUCAAGAUCCGGGACAUCGAGCUGGCGUCCCGGGCGGUGCUCCCGAGGUUCUACGCGGCGGCCGUGAGGCGGGAGAGCUUCGAGGUGUUCGACAAGUGCCGGCGGCGGAGGGUGGUGGUGACGGCGAAUCCGACGGUGAUGGUGGAUGCGUUCGUGAGGGAGUAUUUGGGCGGGGAUAAGGUAGUGGGGACGGAGAUCGAAGUGAACCCUAGGACGAAGAGGGCGACCGGGUUCGUGAAGAAGCCAGGGGUAUUAGUGGGAAAAUGGAAAAAGUUGGCCGUUUUGAAGGAGUUCGGAGAAGAGGAUUUGCCUGAUAUUGGGAUGGGAGAUAGAGUCUCCGACCAUGAUUUCUUGUCCAUUUGCAAGAAAGGGUAUAUGGUACCUCCUAGCAAAUCAGCAACUCCGGUCCCGCUGGACCACUUGAAAACUCGUUUGGUUUUCCACGACGGUCGACUGGUCCAGCGGCCGGACCUGCUCAACGCUCUCAUCACCUACCUAUGGCUGCCAUUCGGCUUCGCCCUUGCCGUCUUUCGCGUCUACUUCAACCUACCGCUCCCUGAGCGCAUCGUGCGCUACACAUACCCAAUGCUCGGUAUCAACCUCGAGAUCAAGGGGCCUCGGCCUCCCCCACCGUCGGCCGGUGGGUGCCGAGGGAACCUCUACGUGUGCAACCACCGCACGGCGCUGGACCCCAUCGUGAUCGCGAUCGCGCUGGGGCGCAAGGUCUCGUGCGUGACGUACAGCGUCAGCAAGCUCUCGCGGUUCCUGUCCCCGAUCCCCGCGGUCGCGCUGACGCGCGACCGCGAGAAGGACGCGGCGAUGAUCAAAUCCCUCCUGGAGAAGGGCGACCUGGUGGUGUGCCCCGAGGGGACCACGUGCAGGGAGCCCUUCCUCCUGAGGUUCAGCGCCCUGUUCGCCGAGCUGAGCGACAGGAUCGUGCCAGUCGCUGUGAACACCAAGCAGAACAUGUUCCAUGGCACGACCGUGCGCGGGGUCAAGUUCUGGGACCCGUACUUCUUCUUCAUGAACCCCAGACCGACCUACCAGGUCACGUUCCUUGACCCGUUGCCCGAGGACAUGACGUGUAAGGCCGGCGGGAAGUCAUCCAUUGAGGUGGCAAACUAUGUGCAGAAGGUCUUGGGAAGUGCCCUAGGGUUUGAGUGCACUCAGUUGACAAGGAAAGACAAGUAUAUGCUGCUUGGUGGGAAUGAUGGCAAGGUGGAAUCUAUGUAUGGUGUCAAGAAGUAAUUUAAGUGUUGCAUGGCCAUGGCUCAUAUGCAUGCAAUCAAUGGGUUUGAUCCGAAUUAAUAUAUUCACAAUCAGGGAGAUUAAUUACUAUAUAUUGUUAAUUUUUAAUCGAUUCUAUUUUAUUAUCUAUUCCAGAUGAAGCUAUGGUUAUAUAUGCUCUUUGAUUUUGAGUUUUUUUUGGGGGGACAAAAUUUCGAUGAAAUGGGCUCAUCUAAAUUCUAAAAAAAUGUUACCGAGUACAAAUUUUGUUACAAUUUUUCUGCGGUGACAAAAUCUGCUAU